CUAUGGACAAUUAGGUUUUAACAGGGCAAUUGAACUGAAGCUGUCCCAUCUCCAAARAAUCUCAUUGAAGUGGUUGUAGAUUCAAGCUUGUCUCAAUACUUUGGGCUAUAGGGUGAUAAAAAACUUAUUUUUCAGUUCAAGUUUCAAAAAGCUUCAUUUAGUCAUCAGUGUUUGGAAGAACAGCACGUUUAAGAGGGACCACUAUCAGGAUCUUUUUAUCUUCAUUUUAUCAUGAUUACAACUGGAAGCCAUUUUUCGCAUCUCCCAGCCAGCAGGGGGCACCAAGACGCCAUAAACUGUAAACCUCGACGGAGAAGAAGAAUGGCGUUAGCUGCUAGCUGUUGUUAGCAGAGCUCCAGGACAACGCGGCCUGCAGAAGCGGGGAACCGUGAGUGGUUCUGGCCGCUCUGAGGACCUUGUUGAGGAGCCGGUUGGAUCAGAACCAGCCGGUCCAAAAGAAGCAAAUGGUAAAACCAUAAAAGUUCGGCUGAAUCUGUAUCAGACCGACGGUGAGCCCAUGGAGACCCUCACUGAGACCCUCGCUGUGCUGCAGCCCCGCUGGAAGCGGGUCCUGGGCUGGACCGGCCCGGUUCCGCGACCCAGGCACGGACACCGGGCCGUUUCCAUCAAGGAGCUGAUGGUUGUGUUCGGAGGGGGAAACGAGGGAAUCGUGGACGAGCUCCACGUCUAUAACACAGCCACCAACCAAUGGUUCAUCCCGGCGGUGCGCGGCGACAUCCCUCCUGGCUGCGCCGCCUACGGCUUCGUGUGCGACGGGACGCGGCUGCUGGUGUUCGGAGGGAUGGUGGAGUAUGGCAAGUACAGCAACGAGCUGUAUGAGCUGCAGGUGAGUGAUGUCACUGGAGGCGGGGCUGACGGCGCCGGCCCUUCUCGCUCUGCUGCGUCACCAGCCCUUCUCGCUCCGCUGCGUCACCAGCCCUUCUCGCUCUGCUGCGUCACCUGCGACGGCCAGAUGGACUGGACUCUCCUCAGGAAAAGCUUCCAGACCGAAGUGGAGAACCUGUCGAAGUUCAGACAUCCCAACAUCGUAGACCUGCUGGGCUUCAGUGAAGGAGCCGGAGGACUGAUGUGUCUGAUCUACAGCUACAUGCAGAACCGCUCCCUGGAGGACCAGCUGCAGAACGYGCCGGGUCUCUCGUGGCCUGACCGGGUCAGCAUCGUUGAAGGAGCGGCAGCAGCUCUUCAGUUCCUGCACCGGCCGCCGUCGCAUCAGGAGCCGCUGAUCCAUGGAGACGUCAAGAGCNUGUGUGUGUGUGUGUGUGUCAGGAUGUACGUGUUCGGAGGAUGGGUCCCUCUCAUUGAGGACGACGUCAAGAUGGGGACCCAUGAGAAGGAGUGGAAGUGCACCAACAACCUGGCCUGCCUCAACCUGGAGACGAUGUGCUGGGAGACGGUUCUGAUGGACGGCGAUGAGGAGAACCUUCCCAGAGCGCGGGCCGGCCACUGCAGCGUCGCCAUCAACUCCCGCCUCUACAUCUGGAGCGGCCGCGACGGAUACCGCAAGGCCUGGAACAACCAGGUGUGCUGCAAGGACCUGUGGUACCUGGAGACAGAGUGUCCCGUGGCGCCGUCCCGGGUCCAGCUGGUCCGGGCCAACACCUCGUCCCUGGAGGUGAGCUGGGGGCCGUCCAAGACCGCCGACACSUACCUGCUGCAGCUGCAGCGGUACGACAUCCCGGCCGCACCCGGCUCCACGCCCGCUGCCGCAGCACCUGCCGGCCAUGCUGUCCCGCCGCCCGCCGCCGCCACGGCGACGCCUCCAUCAGCUGCAGCAGUCCUGAAGAUGGCGACGGCGCCCGGUGUAGCCAUGGCGACGCUUCCUGCAGGUGUUCGCCUGUCGCCGCCUGUCCAGACGCCAAUCGGCGGCAGCCCCCAGAUGAGCGGCAUGGCGGCCCUGGCGGCGGCGGCGGCGGUGACGCAGAAGAUCCCUCCGUCCUCGGCGGCCGUCCUCGGCGCCGUGAAGACUGUCAAAAACCCGGCCACGCGUCUGCUGAAGACGGCCGCCGCGCAGGUGGGCGGGGCUUCGGUAGUCCCCGCCCCCACGGCGCAGGGCCGGCCAAUCAUCACCGUGCAUAAGUCCGGCUCRGUGAUGGUCUCCCAGCAACCGCAGGUGGUCACCACUGUGGUGGGCGGAGUCACCAAGACCAUCACCAUCGUCAACAGCCCCAUUAGUCUGGCAGGAGGCGGGGCUUUGAUUGGUAACCUUGGUAACCUGGGGAAGAUGGUGUCCGUGGUCCAGACCCGCCCGGUCCAGAGCGCAGUGGUUACUGGUCAGGCUGGGAGCAGCCCAGUCACUCAGAUCCUCCAGACAAAGGGCGCGCUUCCUGCGGGAACCAUCCUGAAGCUGGUGAGCACGGCGGACGGGAAGCAGACCGCCAUCAUCAGCACGGCGCAGGCCGGCUCCAACAAGCCCGCCAUCAUCAAGACCAUCCCGCUGUCGGCUCUGCAGGGAGCAGCAGGUGGGAACAGUCCGAUCACCAUCCUGAGCUCCAAGGUGGGAACUCCAGGAACAGAGAAGUUGAUCAACGCCGUCCCCAGGAUGUCCGCCGGCCAGCAGGGGGUCACACAGGUGGUGCUGAAAGGAGCCCCCGGGGCGCCCGGUACCAUCCUCAGAACCGUCCCGAUUAGCGGAAUCAGGCUGGUGUCUCCGGCUGCCGCUGGCACCAAGCUGGUCGUCAAGGGAACCACAGGCGUCUCUGCCGCCUUGUUGGGAGGAGCCUCGCUGACCACGCCCACCGCCUCGCUGACCACGCCCACCGCCUCGUUGGCCAGCCAGGUUGCCACAGCAACCGGACCCAGACAGGUGACGCUGAUCACGACGCCCAGCGGCGCCGAGCCGCAGCCGCUGGUCCAGGACCUGCCCGUCUCCUUCAUGGCCUCCCCGACCUCAGAGGAACCCGGCGGCACCACAGGUACCACCACCACCACUAACGCCGAGGGAGACGCAGCCACAGCGGUGACCCUGGUCUGCUCCAACCCGCCCUGUGAGACUCAUGAGACCGGAACCACCAGCACCUUCACCACCGCUGGAGCCGGAGGAGUCCGACAGGUGUGCUCCAACCCGCCCUGUGAGACUCAUGAGACCGGAACCACCAACACCGCCACCACCGCUGGAGCCGGCGGAGUCCGGCAGGUGUGCUCCAACCCGCCCUGUGAGACUCAUGAGACCGGAACCACCAACACCGCCACCACCGCUACAGCUCAACAGAGUGGAGAUGGUCUCCAUGGAGACGCCACAGACUCCGCCCCCUCAUCUGAUGCUGCGGUCAGUCAGAGCGCAGCGGUUACCACAGUAACGCACGCCACGCCCACACCGGGUCCGUCUGUCCCGGAUCUCUCCUCAUUGGUUGGUGCUGAGAGGGCGGAGUCUGAAACCCUCGCCAUGGCAACAGGAGAAGAGGAGGAGCCAGCAUUGACAGACGGCCAAUCAGAGGGCAUGAUGUCAUCAGGAGCGUCGGCGCUGCAGGUUCAGAUGGCGUCCUCAGACGGAGGUCUUCCUCAGCAGCUGAUGUCAUCAGAGGGGGACGGAGGUGAGGAGAYCUCCAGGACGAUGACCUUCACGCUGACGACGGGACAGAGCCCAGACCAGAUGGCUGUUGCCUUGGCGACUGAGGGAGCAGCCAGGACCAUAGGUGAGGCCGGCCAAUCAGGCGACCAGGCUGUCCGCAUCGUUCUGACACCACAGGAGCUGGCGGCGCUGGUCCAACAGCAGCAGGAACCAGAACCAGAACACAGCAGGGUGCCCACAGAGGGGCUCGCCCCGGCCGACAGCCUGAACGACCCGACCGCAGAGAGCCACGCCUCCCAGCCCGCCGCCGCCGCCGUCAUCAGCGCCGUCGCCCGGCUGGCCAGCACAUUCAGCCCCGCCCCUCUGGUGACGGAGACCAAGAGCAUGGCUGUCGCUAUGGCGACGGAAACCACCAACGGCAUCAGAGAGACGCCUCCUGAACCGACCACUCGUAUGAAGUCGGCGCCGAAGGAGAACCCGUGGUUUGACGUCGGCAUCAUGAAGGUCACCAACGCCGUUGUGACUCAUUACUACGUUCCCUACGAUGACGACGAGCUGGAGGACGACUGCGUGGCGGCGCCGGACUACAGCCAGAUGAGGAGGGUGGAGCUUCAGCCGGGAACCGCCUACAAGUUCCGGGUGGCGGGGAUCAACAUCUGCGGCCGCGGCGCCUUCUCCGAGGUGGCGGCGUUCAAGACGUGCCUCCCCGGGUUCCCUGGAGCGCCGUGCGCCAUCAAGAUAAGCAAGAACCUGGGCGGGGCCCAGCUCACCUGGGAGCCGCCCGCCGUCACCGCGGGGAGCAUCGCAGAGUACUCUGUGUACCUGGCCAUCCAGUCCAGCCAGGCCAAGCCGCCCGGUUCUGGCCCGGCCCAGCUGGCCUUCAUGAGGGUGUACUGUGGUUCUGACCCGUGCUGCCUGGUUCAGGCCUCCACCCUGGCCAACGCGCACAUCGACUACACCACCAAGCCCGCCGUCAUCUUCCGCAUCGCCGCCCGCAACCAGAAGGGCUACGGGCCGGCCACGCAGGUCCGAUGGCUGCAAGAAACCGGUAAAGACUCCAAGCCGGCGCCAAAGAGAAGUGGAGCUUCUCAGGGAAUGUAAGAACCGGCGCCGGAUCCCAGAAUCCCACCUGACACAAAGAUGGUUGCCAACAACUCAACAUGCUCCGCCGGAACCGGAGCUCACCGAUACUGGACCUUGGUUCUGAUGGUGUCGAAGGUCCAAACCCGACCGGCAGCUGCUCCGGAGGUUCUGAAACUCCUCCAACUCAUUUCUACUCGGGUCCAGUUACAUCAGCAUCCAAUCAGACGGGCUGAUGGUUCUGAAGGUUCUGGAGCUCCUCCAUCAUACUGUGAGGUUCUGGUACAAACUCUGUUCUCCUUCAGAACCAACCCAACACAAUGUGAAGAGUCAGAACCGGCUCCCUCCCAGUCGGUUUCUGUUCCUGAUUUUAAACCAUGAAAACACCAGAACCAGAAUUUUCUUGAAUGUUGGACUGUUUGCUCAUUCGGAUCCGUUCAGUUCAGAACUGUCGAACUCCUGACCCGAUGCGGGCGGAGCUUAAAGACAACAGGUGUGUUCAGGUGACGUCCCCUGGGUCAGAACUUUGGCUUUUCUUUGAGUUCUGGUGUUUAGUGGGCGGAGCCUGAGAUGACUGAGAAGCCCUAAAGUGGGCGGAGUCUCGAAUGUGGGCGGGGCCUGGUGUAAAAAAAUUUCUUAAGCUUUAAUAAAACAAGUUUUCAGUUUUCUUUCUGUUGACGGAGGGCUCUGAUUGGUCGCUCGUGCUGAUGUUUAAUAUUCUCUGGAACAAUAAAGAUUUUUAGAGCAUUUUUA